AUGAACUCUCUCAGCAUACUCUCUUCAAGGGUCAACAAGGUCAUCGGAAAUACCCCGCCUCCAACACCCCAGACCAACGCCUUUCAUCAGGAGCACCGCCCGACCGAGCUCCUCCGAACACGUCAUGCUGGCGCCGAGUCGUUCUUCGGUAAUCAAACCGUUGUGGAGGAGGAAGAAGAGGAUGGGAGGUGCAUCGAGGAUGACGGGGAAAGCGAGGCGGAACGGGAAGUCGGAGGAGGAGCAGGAGGAGGGAGGAUGCAUGACGACACGAGGGUAUGGCAUAAUGGGAGAGGGGGCGGCAGUGGAGGGGGAGUGGGGGGGUUGAGAGGCCACAUGCACAUGUCGGUCGGGGAACGAAUAUAUCUGGCCAUGUUGAGCCCCUGGUUUGGUGCUGUGCGGUGGAUCAUAUCGACGAUUGCAACGUCUACGCAUUGGCUGGUAGCUUGCGUGUACGACGACGAGGGAGUGUUCUCGCCAUUGAUGCCGUUUCGGAGGGCGGCGGGAUUAGUGCUGCGAUCUUUGGGGAAGGACGGAAACAAGAAGCUCGGGGCCAUUCCGGAGAUAUCGUUACAAGAGCACAUUUCCGCUUCAGCCGACGAUCCUAUACCCGAAAUAAUGUCUUCCGGUACGACCUCGCAUCACCGCGCAAAGUCAUUCGGCGGCGGCGGAGUGGAGGACAUAUCGCCCAGACGGUCGAUACGAAUACGGCUAUACAACGAAGAGACGCAGAAGAACAAAGCUUCGUCGUCCGUGAAAUCACCGACAUCCCCGUCGCCUAGCCUUCGACUCACCAAAUACCCGCGCGCUGCCGGUCCCCCGGUCCCUCUACUCUCGCGAAAACCGUCGACCAAAACUCUGAUACUGGAUCUUGACGAAACCCUGAUCCAUUCGCUAGCGAAGGGCAGCCGGAUGUCGUCGGGCCACAUGGUGGAGGUAAAAUUGGACCGGCAACAUGCCAUUUUGUAUUACGUCCACAAACGACCAUAUUGCGACGAAUUCCUCCGAAAGGUAGCUCAGUGGUACAAUCUAGUUGUAUUUACCGCAUCAGUGCAAGAAUAUGCAGAUCCCGUGAUAGACUGGUUGGAGCAAGACCGCAAGUAUUUCAGCGGACGAUAUUAUCGCCAGCACUGUACAAAUAGAAACGGAGCGUACAUUAAAGACUUGGCUACCGUAGAGCCGGAUCUUUCAAAGGUCAUGAUCAUUGAUAACUCCCCGAUGAGCUAUAUCUUCCACGAAGACAACGCCAUCCCCAUCGAGGGUUGGAUCAAUGACCCAACGGAUAUCGACCUCCUCCACCUGAUCCCGCUGCUGCAGGCACUACAAUACGUAGCGGACGUACGAGCAUUGCUCGCACUGCGGAUGGGAGAAUCACCAUCCUAA